UCCCACUCUCCAUCUGCACAUCUGGAACGAUGGAUCAGUUCUGAGUGGAGCUGCAGGUUCAAGCGCUUGGACUUAAAACCUGCUGCAGAAAAGGAAUUUAAUCUGAGUAUUGCAGGCUGGAGAGCAGGUGUGUAGAGAAAGUGUGAUCUGUUCUUUGAUCAAAGGCUCAUCUGGUUCGGAGUUUUGGCCAGACCACACAGUGUGUAUUGGGCGUGUUAGCGAUGAUCUGGACGAGGUGUAUGUUGUGUGCACUUCUGCUUUGUUGGGCUCUCAUUCUUGGAGUCGAGCUUGAACACCAGCAGGAAGAGCAACACAUGGACCAGAAGAAUAAAGGAACAGAGAGAGAUGGGAAGGGAAAUACAGAGUCGAUAUGUCCGGAUCAGUGCAGCUGCCUGGCUGAGGAAGCUAUCGACUGUGCUGGGGUGAAUUUAUCCGAGUUCCCACAAGAGCUACCAGAAAACACACGCCAGCUCUCACUGCAGAACAAUCAGAUUUCAGAAAUCAGAGCGGAGGAUCUCUCACGGCUUAUUCAUUUGGAGACUCUCAACCUCCAGAACAAUCGCCUCACAACACAGGGCCUUGAAGAUGAUGGGUUUGAAGCUCUGGAGCAGCUCAGUUACUUAUACUUGGCGAAUAACAAGCUCACGGCAGCUCCUAGAUAUCUUCCACCAACCCUGAUUAGUGCUGACUUUGCUGCAAACCAGCUCACCACGAUCUACCCCUACACGUUUGGCCAGAAACCAGGACUGAAGUCAGUGUACCUUCACAACAACAAGCUGUCUGACGCAGGUUUACCCGAGCGAAUGUUCAAUGGUUCAGACAACUUGGAGGUGUUAAUACUCUCCAGCAAUUUCCUGCGCUAUGUCCCUAAAGGCCUGCCAACUGCACUCUUCCGUCUUCAUUUGAAGAAUAACAAACUGGAGAAGAUUCCUUCAGGUGCAUUUGACAGCCUGCCUCAUCUGAGGGAACUGUACCUACAGAACAACCUCCUGAGCAACAGCGGAAUGGAUAACACCACUUUCAGUCAACUGUCCAGACUGGAGUACCUGGACCUGUCCAACAACAAUCUGAGUUCAGUACCCUUAGGUCUUCCUCGGACCCUGAUGCUGCUCCACCUGGAGAAAAACUACAUCACAUCUGUCAAGGUAGAUUCCCUCAGUGCUGUGAAGAAUCUUCAGUACCUGCUGCUUCACCAUAACCGACUUCGGGCUCGCCACAUCCACCGCGAUGCUUUCCGCGGUCUUAAGCGCCUCCAUACACUCCACCUUCACCACAACUUGCUGGAGCGAAUUCCUCUGGGCCUGCCACGCCGUGCCCACACUCUUGUGUUGCUACGAAACUUCAUCAAUGAGAUCGGACGUGAUGACCUCAGCACUCUUUACACACUCAACGAGCUCAACCUGAGCUAUAACCGUUUGACAAGUGAACGCCUCCAUCGACAUGCUUUCAGGAAACUGCGGGUGCUGGAAGUCCUGGAUCUGUCAGGGAACAAGUUGAGCACAUUGCCACUUGGGCUUCCAAAGAGCCUCCACGUCCUCCGGGUAAAGGAUAAUCAGAUUGCUGAGUUGCCAGAGAGGGCACUGAUGGGCAUGAACAAGCUGAAGGAGCUCCAUCUUUCUAAUAACCAGAUCAAACUAAGCUCUAUCUACCAGGGGGCAUGGCAAGAGCUUGGCUCUCUCAUGACCCUCGAUUUGUCAGAAAACCUGCUGUCUCAUGUCCCUGCUGAUCUUCCUGAGUCUCUGGAGUUCCUACAUCUGCAGAACAACAGGAUCAGCAGCAUCUCUGCCACAGACUUCAUCAGUACCCCCAACAUCAAGAGCAUCUUCCUGAGGUUUAACCGUCUCUCCAGUCUCUCUGUAGCCGAGGAUUCUUUCUCUCACUUGUCCAAACUACAGGUGUUGGACACCGGACACGGAAAUGUCACGCCACGCCGUAACCACGAGGAUGGGACAGAGGAAGACUACACAGAAAAUGAGGAAGAGGAGGUGCAGCCAAAAAAACUAUAAACUGAAGUGAACACUAUACAGAGAAUAAUCUAAUGAGAAUUAAUCAAUAUAGAGUGUAGAUAUUGGAGGUCAUGUAACUGAGUAUCAUUAAUGAAAUUAUUAAUAACACUGAGUAUUAAUGAUAUGAGUGUAGAUGAUGGAAGUCAUGUGACUGAGUAUUAUCAAUGAUAUAAGACUGUAGAUGAUGGCGUUCAUGUGUCUCUGAGUAUUGUUAACGAUAUAAGAGUGCAGAUGAAGGAAAUCAUAUGAUUGAGCAUUAUCAGUGACAUAUGAUUGUAGAUGAUGGAGGUCAGUGGCUAUUAUUGAUGACAAAAGAGUGUAGAUGAUGGAGGCCCGUGAUCCAGAGUAUUAUUAAUAAUAUAAGAGUGUUGAUGAUGGAGGCCCAUGAUCCAGAGUAUUAUUAAUAAUAUAAGAGUGUUGAUGAUGGAGGUCAUGUGACUGAGUAUUAGUAAUGAUAUAAGAGAGGAGAAGAUGUGACUCUGAGCAGCUCGACUUUUAUAAACAAUGUUAUUUUUUAAUCUUUAGGCUAAAUAUGCAGAUCAUUUACAGUGUGUGUAGAAAGUCAAUUAAACUUGGCCUCAUUUAUCUCAGAAA